UAGCCACCUUGAUAAGUGAGCAGAAGUUUGGUGGCGCCAAAACUAAAGUGUGAAGAAAACAAACCAUAACGUUUUCUGUAGAUAUAUAUUCAAUUAAAAACAGAACAAAAUGUGUGACGUUGGUGACGAAGAACUUUAUCCACUGAUAUCACCCAGUGGUCAUCUAUUACCGACCAGUACAGUUGUAACAACCGUAUUACGCGAUGAAAGGGAACAUUGGCUAUAGACUCGACCGUAGGAAAAUCUUAAUGAUUUAUCGACAGCGCAUAGUGAAGGCAGAAUUUAUCUUUGCGAUGAUCGGAUUGUUAAUGAUGUUGAUCAACACAGAACUGUACAUACACAAGGUUGACGCUAAUGAAUAUUACUCUCUGAUGCUUAUCAUCAGAUUUGUGAUGUCGUCGAGCACAUUACUGCUCAUGGUGGCCGUCUACUUUUACCACAAAACACAGGUUAAACUGCUUAAGCUGAAUAAAAAUGUUGAUGACUGGCGAAUGGUCGUAUCAUGUGCGUUUAUCCUGACAGGUUGCACUGAGCUUUUAAUAUGUGCAAUACAUCCUAUUCCCGGUGACAUCGUGAUGCCAUUCCUAACCAUCGAUGGUCAUUUAAAGCAUGUAUCCAUUGACGCCGUGCUAUCAAUCCUGAUGCUGUUGCGAUUAUACAUAGUGUUAAAGUUCAUCGUCAUGCACAACAAAUGGAUACUCAGCACGUCCAUGGUCAGUUUUGGUGCCCUGAACGAAGUUGAUGUUAAUACGGAUUUCUUCUUCAAGUGUCUCAUGAGGGACCAUGCGGCAGUACUGGUCGUGUCCAUCAUGCUAGCAAUCUUCGUUGUCAACUCCUGGGCCAUGAGAACCUGUGAAUCCUAUUUUGUACCCGACAACGAACAGAGCAACGUCUACAAUUCCAUGUGGCUUGUGGCCAUCACUUUCCUCACUGUAGGCUACGGAGAUCUAGCACCCAACAGUUACUGCGGCCGAGUUAUAGCUGCGGAGACGGGCGUCAUGGGUGUAGCCAUUACUGCAUUGCUGGUGACAGUCAUCACGUCGAAAUUCAGACAAACCAGAUCGGAGCGCUACGUGCAUGCUUUCAUGAUUCGAGUAAAGCUGGAAAGAAAAAAGAAAAAUGCCGCUGCUAGAGUGAUUACUGUGGCUAUGGUGAGGUGGUACCUGAGACGUCAUGACCAGCUCACCGGCAAUCGAGUUUCAAUCUUGAAACGAAAGCUGCGAAAAGCCGUGAAGAAAAUGCGAGACGUUGACAGAAGAUUGGCGGCCAUUAGUUUGAAUGCACUGGGUCUUGUUGAAGUGUCCAAUGAGAUGGAAAAUAUUUGCAGUGUUGUGGAAGCUAUGCAAGCCGAGAUUACAAAUCUCGUAAACAGAAGUAAACUGCUGGAUUCCUUUCUGAUAAAAAUUGACAAUGACCUAAGUACAAUACAAGCUGCCGUGGGUAGAAGCUCUGGGUAUCACUGAGUUAGCAGCUAUAGACCAUCUCGCUGAUCUCCCUGGUCGCUAUAAUACUGUACAAUACAAACUGCCGUGGGUAUAGGCACUGGGUAUUACUGAGUUAGCAGCUAUAGACCAUCUCGCUGAUCUCCCUGGUCGCUAUAAUACUGUAGUCAAAUCGUCACAAUAGUGUUGAGUUAGCAAACACGGCCUCGUUAUACGAAGCGAUCUUAGCGCUGAGAUCACCGUAAGUGCAUUAUUCAGUUAUGCACUUAUGAUAAUCUUGUCGCUAAGAUCGCUUCGUAAAACGAGUCCCAGAUCAUCUUGUCCACUCUUUGAUAUUUAUAAUAUUGUAGUCAGAUCAUCAAGUUAAUAGUCAGAAUAUCUGCUCAACGCCUAGACCUUUAUAGUAUACUAGGCUACUAUUAUUGUAGUCGAAUCGCUGGAUAUUGUUGAGUGAGCAGUCAGAACAUCUGGUCGACUCUUUGAUCUUUAUAAUAUUCUAGUCAGAUCGUGCUUGUAUCCAUUUAAGGUUUAGGAACGUCAACGCUGCUUUGGUCACAUGCAUCAGUCAUCAGGGUAGCUAGCUAGUCCAAUUGGGGCCAAUGGUAAUUGAGAAGAAAGUCUAUGUAACAUCGUUACACAUAAGGUACACAAUCUAAAACCAAAAAAUUGAAAAUAAAUUGUUAAUUUAUAACAUAAAUAUUAACUAACGGUUAUGUCUGUCGCACUGUCAAAUGGUUAUUAUUAAGAACCAAAUGUAUCAGUAUUUGACCAGAGCUAUUGCAGUUUUAUUUUCACUAGUCAUUAAAUAUGACAUCUGGGGGGAAAAAAUCUAAAAUAUUUCCAAUAACGAUCCAUGAAAUUAAACGAAUAAAAUGCCUAGUAAGAUGUAUAAUUUGUGCCUAAUCCAUUUGUUUUGUUUGGUUGGGUUUUUGGGGUUUUUUUGUUUAAAGCAAUAAAAUAUGUUUCAAUCAAUAAA